AUGGCUUGGAAAACAGAGGUGAACGAAGUUUCAGAUGAUAUAAUCGAUGGUCUUUGGUCAGAUGAUCCUCCAUUACAACUUGAAUCCGUUACCAAGAUCAGACGUAUUACAUCACAGAGAGAUAUAUCUUGUGUGAUACGAUCUGGAGUUGUACCGCGUCUCGUUCAGUUGCUUAAAAAUCAAGUUUUCCCCAAGCUUCAAUAUGAGGUAGCUUGGGCUCUAACAAACAUUGCUGUUGACAAUCCGGGCGUGGUAGUUAAUAACAACGCUGUUCCAGUAUUAAUUCAGCUUAUUGCUUCUCCUAAAGAUUAUGUUCGUGAGCAGGCUAUAUGGACACUGAGUAAUGUUGCUGGUCAUUCGAUACAUUACCGUGACUUUGUUCUUAACUCUGGGGUAUUGAUGCCACUGUUGCGUCUUCUGUAUAAGGAUACUACACUCAGAAUUGCUACUUGGGCUUUGCGUAACUUGUGUCGUGGCAAGCCUCACCCGGCUUUCGAUCAGGUGAAACCUGCUCUUCCUGCGCUUGAAAUACUUCUUCAUUCACAUGAUGAAGAUGUCUUGAAAAAUGCUUGCAUGGCACUAUGUCAUCUGUCUGAGGGUUCAGAAGAUGGAAUCCAAAGUGUGAUUGAGGCUGGUUUUGUCCCAAAACUAGUUCAAAUUCUCCAACUCCCUUCUCCAGUGGUGCUUGUUCCUGCACUUCUUACCAUUGGGGCUAUGACUGCUGGAAAUCAUCAGCAGACACAGUGUGUGAUCAAUAGUGGUGCUUUACCCAUUAUUUCCAACAUGCUUACUCGAAACCACGAGAACAAAAUAAAGAAGUGUGCUUGCUGGGUGAUUUCAAACAUCACUGCAGGGACUAAAGAACAAAUUCAGUCAGUUAUUGAUGCAAAUUUGAUUCCAAUCUUGGUCAAUCUUGCUCAAGAUACUGACUUCUACAUGAAGAAAGAAGCUGUAUGGGCAAUUUCAAAUAUGGCCUUAAAUGGUUCUCAUGAUCAAAUCAAAUACAUGGCGGAGCAGAGUUGCAUAAAACAAUUAUGUGAUAUCCUAGUAUAUUCAGAUGAAAGAACCACCAUCUUAAAGUGUCUGGAUGGAUUGGAAAACAUGUUGAAGGCCGGAGAGGCUGAAAAGAACAGUGAAGACGUGAACCCUUAUUGUCUACUGAUUGAAGAUGCGGAAGGGCUAGAAAAGAUUUCGAAGCUGCAAAUGAACAAAAACGAUGAUAUCUACGAGAAGGCUUAUAAGAUUCUGGUGACGAAUUGGUUUGAAGAGGAUGAUGAGAACAACAACAACAACGUCCGAUGUGAUGAUGUGGACUUUCAGGUGUGAGAGAACCAAAGUUCCAGUUCCUUAUAUGGAAGAUCCCAACACAAUUAUUUGUUAUAGUGAAAAAAAAACAUCUUACAU